CCCACCCUGUUGGCCCCACCCUGCCCGGAAUGGGGCCCCAGCAAAGGGCUGGGGACUGUUCUCCAUGAUCACUGCUGGGCAGGUUCUCUCCAAGGAUCCUUCAUCUUCGGGGACUGCUGACACGUCACCCCUGAGCCAGGCAACACCUGUCUGUGGCUGAACCCGGCUGGUAGAAGGGGAGCUGGCUGGCACGGGGCACCGAGAUGAGCGAGACGCUGGACCUGGACAAGGGCUGUACGGUUGAGGAGCUGCUGCAGGGCUGCAUCGAGGCCUUUGAUGAUGAGGGGAAGGUGCGGGACCCCCAGCUGGUGCGAAUGUUCCUGAUGAUGCAUCCCUGGUACAUCCCCUCCUCCCAGCUGGCUGCCAAACUGCUGCAGAUCUACCAAGAGUCUCGUAGCUCAGAAAGCAGCUCCCUGCAGGUGAAAACCUGCCACCUGGUGAGGUACUGGAUCUCAGCAUUCCCGGCAGAGUUCGAUUUGAAUCCGGAGCUUGCAGAGCAGAUCAAGGAGCUAAAGGAGGUUCUGGGACGUGAGGGAAACCGGCGCCAUAGCAGCCUCAUCGACAUUGAGAAUGUCCCCACCUACAAGUGGAAGCGCCAAGUGACCCAGCGCAACCCAGUGGCCCAGAAGAAACGCAAGGAGUUCUCUGAGCUGGCGGAGCAUCUCACCUACCUGGAGUACCGCUCCUUCUGCAAGAUCCUGUUCCAGGACUAUCACAGCUUCGUCAUGCAUGGCUGCACUGUGAACAACCCCAUCCUGGAGAGGUUCAUCACCCUGUUCAACAGCGUCUCGCAGUGGGUGCAGCUCAUGGUGCUGAGCAAGCCGACUGCCCAGCAGCGGGCACAGGUCAUCACCCGCUUCAUCCUAGUGGCGCAGAGACUCCUGCAGCUGCAGAAUUUCAACACGCUGAUGGCCGUGGUGGGGGGGCUGAGUCACAGCUCCAUCUCCCGCCUCAAGGAGACCCACAGCCAUGUCAGCUCAGAGACCACCAAGCUGUGGGAGUCCAUGACGGAGCUGGUGACCUCACUGGGAAACUACAGCCGGUACCGGCGCCGCCUGGCCGAGUGCGUCGGCUUCCGCUUCCCCAUCCUGGGAGUGCACCUCAAGGACCUGGUGGCUGUGCACGUGGCACUGCCUGAUUGGCUGGACCGGGCCAAUGGCACCAAGAUGCAGCAGCUCUUUGGGAUCCUCAACGAGCUGGUGCUGGUGCAGAGCAUCAAACCACCCUUCGAGGCCAAUCCGGACCUCAUCAACCUGCUCACGGUGUCACUGGAUCAGUACCAGACGGAGGAGGAAAUCUACCAGCUGUCGCUGCAGAGAGAGCCCCGUGGCAAGUCGUCCCCAUCCAGCCCCACCUCCUGUUCCCCGCCAAGCCGACCGGCCGACAUAGAUGAGUGGGCCUUGGCUGUGAAGCCCAAACCGGACCAGGCGCUGGUGCAGAAACACAUUGAGAAGAUGGUAGAGUCCGUGUUCCGGAAUUUCGACGUGGACGGAGAUGGCCACAUCUCCCAGGAGGAGUUCAAAAUCAUCCGCAACAACUUCCCCUAUCUGUGCAAAUUUGGGGACCUGGAUGAGAACCAGGAUGGCUGUAUCAGCCGGGAGGAGAUGAUUUCAUACUUCAUGAAGUCCAGUGCGGAGCUGGAUGGGAAGAUGGGCUUCAUCCACAGCUUCCAGGAGACCACCUUCCUGCGCCCCGUGACCUGCCGCCACUGCAAGAGCCUGAUUCUGGGAAUCUACAAACAGGGGUUCAAGUGUCGCUGCUGUGGCGUGAGCUGCCAUAGGCAGUGCCGGGAGCAGCUCUCCAUGGAGUGCCGCAAGCGGGCCAAGAGUUUCAGUCUGGACAGCCCUGCCCACAUCCCUGCUCGCUCCUUCAGCUUCUCGCUGCCCCGCCCAUCCCGUGGCUCCCUGCGCCAUACAGAGAUCCGCGAGGAGGAGGUCCAGGACGUGGAGGAUGGGGUUUUCGAUGUCCAUUUAUAAAGGCAAACACGGCCUGCUCUUCUUCACCAGCUGUGGUUCUUCCUCCACCACUCCUCACAAGCUGGGGUCUCUGCCCCUCCAGAUCUGCCUGCUCCCCACUGCAGGAUGACAGAGACAGAGCAAGAAACCGUAGGACAAGGGGGAGAGACUGUCUUUCCAGGGGGGAUGCAGAAGCUGCUGUGGGGCCAACUGGAUGGAUCCUUUACUGGUUGAGGAGUUGGCUGUAUGUCAGGACUCCUGGGUUCUCUCUCUGGCUCUGGCAGGGGAGUUGGGCCUAAUGGUUAGGGCAGGGGGGGACUAGAAGCCAGGAUUCCCAGGUUCUAGCCACAGCUGUGGGAGUGGAGGAGAGGGAGCAAGGACUCCUGUGUUCUAUGAAUGGAGGAUUGAGACAUGAGUUAACUGGGAGGGGGUCUGGGGAGCAUCUUAUGGAAUUAAUAAGACCUUUCCUGAUGUUCCCCCAAACACAUCCUCGUGUGCUCCAGCAUCAGGGGGUAGCAGGAUGGUGGGGCGAGGGGACUUCCCUCUCUCUGGUAAGACCUGCUUGCCCUGCAGGGAUGAGGAGCUGGUGGCCAAUGACAGAGGGGAAGUGCAGAGGCUUGGGGUGGGGGUGGGGGGGGGGUGUGAUUACAGGAUACCCCCUGCCUGUAAGCCCGGCUGUACAGAUUUCCUUGCUGUGUAUAUUUGUACCCAACAACCAGAUUCAGAGAUGUAAUAAAUAUAAUAAAACCAACAGUCCCAGUUCCCAUCUGUCCCCUAAUUGGGUCCAUUUGUCUAUCUGGGAGCCCCUUCUCCUCACUCCUAUUGGCCUUCCCCACCUCCUGCAUAUCCUGGUGUUCUGGAGCUGAGAGGUGGCUGGGAGGAGUGUGGGGGGCUGGAGGUCAGGACUAGUGUUCCCUGUAAGCUGUGUUCUUGGGAAGCCACUCAUGAGAGAUUCAAAUGCUGCCCGGUUGAUUAGCAAAGUGCCAUAGAUAGUAGCAUGUGUUUCUAGUGGUGGUGCACAUCCACACAUGCCUUGGUACACAUAACAAAAAAAAUUAUUCCAUACAUUUGUGGAAAAAAUUAGUGGCAACAUUGGUCAGGACUCCUGGGUUCUAUUCCCAGAUGCGGGAAGGAGCCUUGCUGUCUAUCUCUGGAAGAUCCCAGGGAGGGAGCUGGAGGCUUUGUGUUACUGGCCCAGGGAGGGGCCUGGGAUUGUGUCCUCAUCACUCUCUGCUGAAGCCUGGGUCUGGGUAUCUGCUACCCCUGCUGGAUGAAGUGAGAUUUAUGUGUCGUGUGUUCUUGAUGUGCCCAGUCCCCACUGCCUCCUGCUGGUGGGGUGAGCCCUGCUGUGUGUAUGUGCCCCCUCCCCCAGUGCCUGUUCUCAGACGCCUGCCCCUCUGCCAUACCUGGUUAUUGGAGUCACCAUAUUGCAGUGACAUGGGAAGAGGAAAGCGCUCCGAUAAAUACAUCAAUACCAACCAUAUUGUCCUGGCCGAAUCCGCCCCGGAGUCAGCACAUUCUGCACCAGCCAGCUAGUGCUUCAUGCAGGAGACGGACAUUUCUGUAAUGCCCCAGCCCAGCCUCAGAGAAAUGGCUAGCAGGGUCCUGAACAAAGGAAAGGUGGCCACAUCUGGGGGGGAGGGGAGGCAUUUAUAUAAGGAUCCCUCUUCUCAUGCUGAGUGCAGCUGCCUCUAGGGUGGGGCAUCUCUUUAUACAGAGUCCAGACACCAGAAGAGAGGUGGGGGGAAGCAAAUCUGUUGCAUGUUUCUAUAUUUUUUCCUAAAUGUUGCUUGUCAAAUCACAUGUGAGACAGAAAAAUAAAUAAAUAAACAACUAUUGAUUUUG